AUUAUUAUACAGCAUUGGCAUACGAUCUCGCGUACCCGUCGUACACACAUUACUGUGGUGGUCCCUUAAAAUUGUUGGUUAUUAUUUAUUUACUUUACUCGAGUGAUCGAGCGCUCAAACUAAGCGAUUCGUGUGAUUGUUUUUUUCUUUGUGGUCAUUAAUUUUACUUGAGCAAAGACGGUAGAGUACAAAAAGUAGCCCUUAAUAUACACAAUGCUGCGCGAAAUUAUGCUGUUGUGUUUGUGCUACGGUUUGUUGGACCGCACGUCCGCCGAAGAGUCAACCGCGGGUUCCUUUCCUUCGGUGUACGAACACUGUGGCAAUUUACAAGUACAAGAGCACAUCCAAUUGAGAAUGAUUGCUGGCACAUGGUAUGUAAUCGAAAUUUUACAACACAAGACGGACGUUAAGUUAUACAGAGGCGACACGAUAGACAUGGAGUCGUGUCCCCACGUGUACAUGGAGUUCGAUGGACUGGCCACUGAACUAAAAAUGUUUUGGUAUGAAGAAGCAGUCGACGUAGAAUAUACAUUUAAAAUAUAUGACAGAAUGGCAUCUCCCGGUUACUGGGUAUCUGCCGGAGCCCAAAACGUGUCUCUAAAAGAAAACGGAAAAUACAACCAGUUUGCAGGGUCGGUCCACGUCAGGAAAGCAGUUAGCGACCACUUGGUUUUGACCUUUUGUUCGCCCAACAGUGAACUGUACAGUGUGAUCUUGGCCAGAGAAAAAUGGCUGCACAUCAACGACCUGAGAAGUAUUACAAACCAAAUGAACAGACUUAAGCUGCCAAUCACACAGACAAAGAGAGCUUGCCGCAACUCCUCUUCGACAAUUCAAAGUGCAUUCUGGCUAAUGGCGGCUUUUGGUUUAGGUCAUUUCCUCAUUAACCGCUUCAAACAACUCGUCUGAAUUUUUUUCUUUAAUUUUACAACAACAAUAAAAAUAGUUUGUCAGUUAUUUUUCUUAUGAUAUAAAAAGUCUUCAUAUCCUACUUAACGAUAACAUAAAACUCUUAGGUUUAUAAUAUUGUCGACUGCAACCUAUGUUUUGGUUUAAACAUGAGCAAUAAUCGAAUAAUUCAAUAAAAAUAAUCGAAAAAGGAUAACUUUAUGUGCUUGUCCAUUAUUCAAGGCUUUUUUCUUAACCUUCUAUCAGUCGCACGGUUUCCAGCCACUCUUAAAUUAAGUGUAUUUUUCACGUGAGUCACACAAACUACAUAAUGUGACUGGUGUAGUGUGUACACUUUUACCUCAAUUAAAGAUUAAACCACCCAAGUAUUCUUGGUAGCCUGCCGGGUCUUCAGUAUUCUUUAGAAGAAAUUUAAGUACAUUUUGAUGAGGAAAAAAUUAAUUUCAACAAUAUUUCGUGUUCUACAAUCAAAAACCACCUAGAAAAACAAUGUCGCUUACUUUUUUUGGCCUAGUAUCAUCAAAAUGAACCGUUCACGUAUGUCAUUUUUACACGAGUAUAACUUCUUAUGUUUCCAUUUCUUUGAACGGCCAAUGCAGACAAGCAAAUAUCGUUACCUAUCUUUAAGAAUAUGCGAUUAUGUUUUAUUACCAACCCAGCAAUAAUACAUAAUUAUUUUUGGAAAAGCUUUUGUUUUUUAAUUUCCCCUUACCAAAACAACAAAUUUUCUCUUAAACAAUUUAGAUUUUAAGUACCUACCUAACUGAUUUAUUUUUUUCGAAUAUAAUUUUAUUGUAUACCUAUGUAUGUAUAGAGAACAAAAUAUAUACUUUUGCUUAAUUUUCUAGAUCUCUGUAAUUUUUAAAUAGCAAUAACGCUAUAUCGCAUAAUAUGCAAUUAUUGUUCAUACUCAAAAUAGUUUUACGUUAGAACGAUGGCGUGAUUUUCGCAUGUUCGUUUUAAAAAAAAUGUCUUAUCUUUUUAAAUGUAUAAAACAAUGAUUAAGCCUAAGGAAAAAAUCAAAAUGUGUAUUGUAUUA